AUGGCUAAUGAAAAUGAUAAUUUGAAUGACAUUCUUUCAAGUCCGAAGCAAUAUGUAAGAGCGAAUAAAAGAAAAAAUGCAUGCAAAAAUCAUGGUGUAAUGACAUCAGCCGAAGCUCUUUCAACAUCAAUGGCUAAGGAAGAAGAGAAGAAGAAGAAGGUGUCAAAAAGUGAGAUGAGAAAUCGUAUAAGAAACAUGAAGACCGAGAAUAAACCUUUACGCCGUUCAAACAGAAAAAAAUAA